GUUGUAGUGGAGCUUUGUCCCUCUGCUGUCUGUGGACUGAUCUCUAUGUGUCUCUAUGUGUCUCUAUGUAGGAUGAGGGUCAAAGGUUGUGACCUUUAUGCUCCCGAGUGCCAACAGUGGGCAACACAGAGUCCAACACAGAGUCCACAACACAGAGUCCACAACACAGAGUCCACAACACAGAGUCCAACACAGAGUCCAACACAGAGUCCACAACACAGAGUCCAACACAGAGUCCACAACACAGAGUCCACAACACAGAGUCCACAACACAGAGUCCAACACAGAGUCCAACACAGAGUCCAACACAGAGUCCACAACACAGAGUCCAACAACACAGAGUCCACAACACAGUGUCCACAACAGAGUCCAACACAGAGUCCAACACAGAGUCCACAACACAGAGUCCAACACAGAGUCCACAACACAGAGUCCAACACAGAGUCCAACACAGAGUCCACAACACAGAGUCCAACACAGAGUCCACAACACAGAGUCCAACACAGAGUCCAACACAGAGUCCACAACACAGAGUCCAACACAGAGUCCAACACAGAGUCCAAAGUCAAAGCUAACAUUACUGCUAAGCUAGUGGAACAUAUUGU